AUGGAACAAAGUGUUGACGAGGCCCAAGGUAUAUCUGAGGCGGUCCUAGCUCGCCUUGAUGAAAAGGCGAAGACUUUGACGGCUGCUCGUAAGCAGCGUGGUAAGAAUCUCCCAGAAGAACUGACGAAACAGGAUGAAUUUGCAACAUUCCGUGAAUCUGCUUGUCAUACUGGAAUACACAGCACUGGUACCCCUGGCAUUACUGCGUUGGAUGUGCAGGGUAAAAUGAUUCUUACCGGAGGAGCUGAUAAGACUGUCGUAUUGUUCAACUCCGAGAAAGAGCAAGUGCAAGAUGUUUUUAAAGGACAUCAGAAGAAAAUCAACGCUGUUAUACUGCAUCCUAACUCCAAAAACGCCAUCUCUGCCAGUUCUGAUGCUCAGGUUAGUGUUACCCUUUGA